AGAUAUAAUGUGUACAAGGGGUGCCCAGCAACGCCCAGCCACUCCCAUUGCCGCGCGUGCACUGCGCUCCACGAGCAGCGCGCAACCGAAGAAUAGGAAGGCAUGUGCUUGAUAAAACGGAUGACAAGCGUUCAAGAAACACACGUAUGUAUGUGUGAGUCAAAAAGUGUAGACUCGCACUGAAAAUCUCGCAGUUGGUUCCGGUGACCGUUGCAUCUCCGGCGCUUCUCUAAGUUUUCUUAAAAAACAAAAACAAAAACGAAUUCCUUACAGGAAAAUAAGAAGUGAAUGCCAUCAGUUCUAUGGUGCAUAAGGGAGUAGUGCGAUUUUAGUGCGCUAUCCUGAUUAUAUUUUAAAAGAACUUGGUUCAUCGAGCGCAAUUAGUAACAAAAAAAAAACGAACAAAAAAGAUAAAAGAAAAUUCGAUUGUGAAAAAAAAAGCGCUAAACACUUUCGAUUCAAGUGAUCUACUGGGCAGCGUGUAUAAUUAAAGAUACGCAAAAAAACACAGACGAUAUGAUUUGUCAUCGGUGGUUAAUUGUGUUGGCCGUAGCGCUCGCCUGUCGUUCGUCACGAUGUCUCAUCCAUCCAAAGUCCACGUCCAAUUUGUACUCGUCAUCCGAUAAUAAUCGCAGUAACAACAACGAUGGCACAGCCAACUCUCGGUCGCUGACAUCUGACACGCAGGCUGAAGCGCUAGCCCUCCAUUCCGGAACAGCCGAUAACGCCAUUCAGCAACCGGACCAACGCUGGAUCAAACCAUCCCCAAAAGCUCUGCGACUGGGCGAUAAAUGUUCGCAAACGGAAGACUGCAGCUUGGUGACUCAUUCGCACUGCGACACGGAGAAGGGCGGCGUCUGCGCCUGUACUCCACAACACCCCGUCGAAGGUGGCACAUUAUGCACACAAGGGAGGCAGUUGAACGAGAGUUGCAGUUUCAACGCCCAGUGCAUUGACAGCGAUCGGAACAUGGAGUGCCACGAUCACGUCUGCCAGUGCGCUUACGAUUUCAAGCCAACUUUCUACAUCGGUGGCAAUAUCGUCUGCACCAGUACAUCCGUAUCGGAUGAAAUGGGAACUUACAUCAAUCCGACCAUGAUUGGAGCCCUCAGUGGGUUAAUUCUCAUGUUCAUCAUCAUGUGUGUCGUCCUUCGAUUAUUCAGCAAGGCCAGAUGGAGGGAGAACCGCACGAUUUUCAACACGCCAAAUCCGCGUUUAGCCAAUGCAUCACUCCUGAAAGAAGUGACGUCUAAACAGCAAGUGACAGGAAGUCGACGGAGCAGUUUGGCCAAAAGUGGCAGCCGACAGUCGUCCCUGAUUUCGAUCCCACACGCCCAUCUUGACGCUCCAGGAACAUCUCGUCGGCCUUCGUUGACACGCUAUGGACCCAACGUGACCACUGCUACAAUCGCCACCAGCACUAAUGAUGGAGGCAGUAGCAGCGCGUUCGCCCAACCAUCCGAAAAGGAGAAGCUACUUGAUCAGAAUCAAAUCUGCGUCCAGGUCGACGAGCAGGCCAUUUCAUCCGUCUGAAAAAUUUAGAAUCAAAUUCCUUUCAAACAGCCCUAUUUACUUGAAUGGAUAUAAUAAAAGACAAAUCGACGAGAUUGGAACACGGACAGAAUUUUGAAAUUGUUUUUAUUGGUCGGAGUUCUUCGCAGCUAUUUUUACCUUUAUAAUACGUCACUGUCCAAUCUUUUGAGACGAACAUCAUCCAAACAGAAUUGUGUGUUUUUUCUUUAUCAUUUAUUUCAUUAAAUCCAUUAUGAAAUGGCAAAUAAUAACAAACAACUAAAGCCUAUAUACAGCUUAUAAUUACAUUAUUGUAAUAAUUAGGAUUUAAUAUAUAUACAUAUAUAUAUAUAUAUAUACGAAUAUAGAAAAAAACACACACUGUAAAGCAGACCAUACAGCGAUAUAGCGUACCAGGAGCCCCUUCUAUAAUAAUUAAAUUUGUUUUACAUCUUCCCAAAUCAAAUUAUUUCAAAGGCCCCCGAAACGCCAUUCGUGCUGCGCUAAGAACAACUGUGUGCUGCGUGCGCGCGUGUGUAUGUGUGUGUGUGUGUGUGUAUGCCACCAAUCUGUGGGUUCAUCUCAUCAGCUUUAUUGCCUUUCCAAAUGAUUUUCCCUUUCUUAAUUGUAUUUGCUCUGGUCUUCUUUGUAGUAUUCCCUUUUUCUUAUUUAAUAAUGUAAGUUGCUUCUAUUGUAUUUUCUUUAAUUAUAAUCGGCUUUUAUUUUUAGUCUUGAAUUGAGUUGUAUUCUGUUUUGGGGAGGGGGAGAGAGACAAAAUGUGUUCUUUCCAUCAUUAUCAAUAAAAGAAGGAAAUUUUCUUUAUUCGAGGAUUUAAUAUUGAUGUUUAGUUUAUGUUUGACACUCUGUGCAUUUCUUUAUCUAUUUAUUCAAAUGAUAAAAUCCACCUCCCUCCCCCCAAUUUGUUGUAUUUAUCGUAUAGUCUUGUUCUCAAUAUUUUCCAUCGUUCGUUCUUGACCAGUCACACACUAUUUAAUUAUUAUAGGCGAAACCGUCUGUUUAUUCAUUUUGUCUAUCAUUAGGCGUAAAGACAAUUAAAUAUUCCUGGCUGGACGAGAUGCCGUUGCAGAAACCUAAGAGUCAUCCCAAACAGUUGCGCUUUCGAUAUCACCAGUUGCCAUUCAAGCUUUACAUGCUUUUCUAUGUGUGCUCGAUAUUCUAUAUUCAUAUUUAAAAAAACAAUACUACAAAAAAAAUCAUUCCCCUGCUAUUUUGUAUACGAUAAUUGGCUUUGUUUGC